AUGGCUGACGUACCACCUCCUUCACUGUCCGAACUCAUGCGAAUGGUAGCUGAGCUGCAACAAGCUAAUCAACGAGCGGCUGACGAGAACCAAAUAAUGGCUGCUCAAAUUGCCGAACUAAAUCAUGCUCGGAUUGAACACAACGAUGCUCGUCAGGCGGAAGACGAGGAGCAUCAGUCCCAACCGACUCAUGUUUUAGAAACCGCUCGAAACGAAGAGCAGCAGCUCGAAGACGAGAAAGAAGAGUCUGAGGAUGCUGUAGGCCCCUUCACAGAAGAAGUAAUGAACUUCGAACUGCUGAAGAGGUUCACUCUGCCGUUGACCCUCACGCCAUAUGAUGGAUUCGGAGACCCGAGGAAGUUCAUAAAGAAAUUCCGAUCAAUAAUGAUCGUCAAUGGUGCAUCAGAUACAAUUUUAUGUCGUUGUUUUCCGAAUUAUUUAGACGGUCCUGCACUUGAUUGGUUGUGUGCUUUGCCUGCAGGUUCCAUUUCGCGCUUUCAUCAGUUGGCGAAGUUAUUUGAAGAACAUUUCGCCGGAUCUGCAAUAUACUUGCACGACUCCGAUUACCUGAACACUAUCAAGCAAGGACCAAACGAAAGCUUAAAGGACUAUAUGACUCGCUUCACCAAGAUCGCAAUCAGCAUACCAGAUCUCCACCCCGAGGUCCAUCUGCACGCAAUUAAAAGCGGCCUCCGACCCGGGAAGUUCCAGGAGACGAUCGCAGUAGCAAAGCCGAAGACUCUAGCAGAAUUUAGAGAGAAAGCAAAAGGACAAAUUGACAUCGAGGAGCUCAGACAAGCUCGGAAAUCUGACAAGUCACACUUCAGCGAGAGGACAUAA